AAUAAGUUUUGCAACUUUAAACUGGUGCUCUCCCGCAGAUGAUGCAGGCGACACUGAUGAUUGUAGUGGCAGAGACAUGUUUACGGUGGAAUAUAAUUACUUUUGCGACAAUAAUACCGGCACGUUCGUUUCGAUGUAAAAAAUAAAAUAGUCGUGUAUCUCGUGUUCGAAGAAGAAAAGAUUGGUCUGUGAUUCUUGGUUCAGCGAUCUGAAACGCAGUUUAAUUUUGUGUGAAAACGUUGACUCCAUAGUCUCCAAUUAGCACUGUGAGAACGUGUUUGACAAACCAUACUGCAUAAAAUACAACAUAACUCUUCGAUUAAAACUAUUACCAGAAGAAAAUGAUCAAACAGAAAUCAGAAGACUUGCAACCAGAGUCCAGUAAUCUAUUGACAUCACCAUCCAGUAAACGCAAAAAUGAAUCUGCACUUCGACAAUUACAAAGUGAUAUGAUGGGUAAAGCUCGUUCUACGCUGAUCACGUUAGGUGAUGUAUUAAAAGGAAAUAAAAAUACGCCCAAUAACACAGCUUCAAUAAAUCCUUUACCAGAUAUACCAUUAAAAUCUUGUUCGAACGAUUUGGAUUUAGAUAGUAUAAAUUAUCAAAUACCUGUUCCUCGUAGCCCAAAAUCACCAAAAGACAAAAGUUCCUUAGAUUUUUUUCUUUGGUCUAAAAACAAAAACAAGGAGUUUACCAAGAGUUCUAAAAAAGAUAAACUUAAGAUACAACAAUCACAAUUAAGUGAUGUAAAUGAAGAAGAAACAAGAAAGGGGCGAAACUGCGAGUAUGAGAGCUCCUCUAGUCUCAAAAGUUCUGGUAUGGGUACUAUCAAGAAAACAGUCCACGAUAUAAGUACAGCUGCAUCACGUUAUCAACAGUCAGGACAAUCACAACGGGUUAAAUGUUCAUCCACUUAUGAUAAACAAGUACAAGACUAUGGGACUGAAGCAGAAUUCGCUCAUUCAAUGGAAGAAGGUAUAUCAAACAUAGGACAAGACCACAGUGAUGGUCGACGAAAAUCAUACAAUGAAAAGCAUAUGUAUGAACAAAAUAUUCGGGGGUAUGAUGAACUCGAUGACCGGUAUGAGGAUAUAUCAUGUCAAAACAUGAAAAGAACAAGAAACCCUUCGAGCCCAGCAUCAACGAAACAUAUCUUGUUCAACGAGGAAAAUGACAUUUUGUAUUAUAAGGAUACACAAAGACCGUUCAAAACCAAAUCACUUAAUGAGCACUUUGGUAGAGAAAGGCUUAAAAACGUACCAUUCAAAACCUUUUCUGCAAAAGAAAAUCGAAAGACACACGAAUCUGCGCCAUUGUCACAGCUAAAAGCCACGAGAGAUGAAAAAUCUUUGCCAAUUCCAACAUCUCACGCAAAUCUAGAACAAAGCUCUAUGAGAACUAUGAAGAAUGUUCAAAAGAAUGCUAGAUCCUAUGAGGAUCCACAAAAAGUGAUACAAAAACCAGGUUAUAUAAGGCCGUCCCUAACUCGAGAUUACUCAAUAGAUGAUAAGCAACACACGAGUAGUGCAAAUGUAAAUAUCAAUCAAUACGAUGAAACAGCAGAUUUUUCAAGUGUGCGACAACACCAAGUGGAAGAGAGUAAUGAUAAAAGAUUUAACAGAAAAAUAUGUUUUCAAGAACCCGUCUAUAAUGUAAACAGAAAAUGUGAUACACUACCUCGAAGUCAAAAAAAUUCAAAAAUGUGCGAGGUUGAAAAAAAUAUCAAUGAAUAUUUGGAUAUGGAUAUGCUAAGACCUCGAAGUGGUAGUCUUGACUCGGAUCUCGAGUCACAAGCCAUGCGCAUUGUUAGAACAGUGGGACAAGCAUUUGAAGUUUGCCAUAAAUUAUCCAUGCAAGACGUUGGGGCAAACGUAGAUGAUGAACACUCGGAACCAUCUCAUUGUGAAUUUUCUGAAAUCGACCGAAGCUCCGAUAGAGUGAGCGAGGAAGGAGAACUAAAAAAAGACAACAUUAUUCUUGCUCAUGACUCACCAAGGCCUAAUCAUCAAGAGAUUUUACAAUCGCCUGAUACAAGUCGGAGAAAAAUAGUACUUCAGGGGAUAGAUAUAACAGAAUCUUUGGAAAAAGUACCUUCAAAUUCGCCUGCUGAAGAAAUCGUUUUUCUCAAGGAACAACUUGGGCAACAACAACAACAAACACGGCAAAUUGUAGCUCAAUUGAUGCUUGUGAGAGAGCAACUUAUAACGGAAACGAAUAUAAGGAUUGAAGCUCAGACACGCAUUCAACAACUAGUACAACAAAAUCGAGAAUUGUUGGAGCAUAUUGCCCACCUCGGAGGCUUCCAUGAUACAGAUCGCCCAGGAAUGACCACUAAUGCUAUUGGACUAGCGCCGCAGCUAUCGUCGUCCGCCAAAGUGGCAAGAUGGUUUCAUCAACUACAGUGGACGAAUCAAAGCCAGCCUUUGUCGAGACCCGAAAGUGGGUUUGUGUCAGGCGACUCACGAUCGGAAAAGAAUCAGAAAUCUGAAGCGGAUAUAGCAGAUAGCAUAACCAAAGACCAUCAACAGCAGCAAAACGUGGAUUUGUGUGAUGAAUACCUAUUAAUUGAGGGUACUAGUAAUUUGUGGAGUAAGUUGAAUGUUAAAAAACGAAAGAAACUCUUAAGUAUGAAACUAGGAAAAGUUACAACAUUUUAAAAGAAUUUUGAUAAUUUUUUUAACGUUACUAAACAUGUCACUUAUUGGAAUCCGAAAAUAAAUUCAAAAACUUAUUAUUUACAUAGAAAAAAGUUUCUAACACCUUUAUAUUCAGCAGUGAUUUAUCCCAAUCUCAAGUGACUAUAUAUUAGUACAACAAUAGAGUAAUAGUUGCCAAAAAUAUGGAAAUACAAAACGUAACGCGUAUGUUUCAGUAUACUUAAACCAUAUUGGAAAAUCUAUGAGAAUUACAAGAACGAAACAAAAACACAAAUUUAUAUUAAAUAUAUUCUUAGGAUAAUAGUUAAACAAUAUAUACAUGAGAAUUUUCUUUGUCCAUAUAAAAUUAUAGCAUUAUCCCAUUUAAACUUGGAAUAUGUUAGUCAAGUAGAAAUUUGUUUAAUGACUGCCUGCUUCUAAUUCGUUAGCUCGUCAAAGUAAUCAGCAUCCAUAACAAAGUUCAAUCAUUUGUGCUCUUUUCAUAAGAUAUUACACGCACAAAGCGGCCUUUCUGAAUUUUAGUAUACGUUCAUCACCUGUGGAUGUAAAGUAUGUUUGUAAUACUGCACGAUGGAUCUAUUUUCUUUCUUAUUAGAGCGCAGGAUUAAUUAGAUAUACUAAGAAUACAUGAAUGACAUUAUCUACUAUAACACUAUUGAAAUUGACUAGAGAUAAACACUGUGUGCUAGUAGUGUUUCGAGCACUCAUUUAAUUUCUUUCAAUAAGGUUCUUGAAUACGUACUAUUAGAUAAUUCUUUAAUUUAAGACAUAAUCAUAAUGUUGAUUUAUAGAUAAUUAAUUCAAAUCUUAACAAUAAGAAUUAACUGAUAUCAGUAGACAAUACAAAUUUCAAGACUGACUUUUUUAACAAACAGCGUUCAAUCUAAUUUCCGUUAGAGAAAUGUAUAGAUAGUAAAUCAGUAAAAUAUACAUGGUCAUUUAAGAACAUCAUGUUUUAUGUAUAAAUUCCAGUUUGGCGUUAAAUGCAUAUUCGAGAUAACAUGAAAUACAUCAACAUUAAUAAUUA